CUUGCCCGCAUCCCCGGAUGAAAAAGUCUUCUUGGCCUGCUGUCAGGCAGAAGAGUAAUGGCGAGCAAGUGGUUUUCGUCGGUUUGAGGUUAUCUAGUUAUUUGCUGAGGAGGUAUUCCCUCGCCGAUCAGUGAUGCGCCAUGGUGUGCAAAGAAGAAAUAUAUUCGUGGUUUAAACAGUUAAAUGGUGCAGUGAGGAUAGAUACCAUGUGUGGUUUGCUCAACUUGUGCUUACCUUUUGAACUACGGUUUUUGGGCACUUGCGUAGAAGAUUUAGCUAGCAAGGACUACGCGUACUUCCGAGAAGCAGAACUGCGUGCAAAUAACUUCAACGAGCUGUCCAAAUGCACCAAUGUUAGAGACGCUGUAUCACGAAGUAAGCUGAUCACUUCGUUGGCCUUGCUGCACCUUUCCAACCGCAGUUGCUCGCAUGCUAUCUUCGAAGCCCUGUCCGAAGAGAUGAAGUGCGCCAAACAGGAGACGUAUGACACAAAGACGCUAGAAGAGAUGCUGCUUCUGUUCACCAUGGCCACGCAUCAUCCGUCGUUCAGCUUUGACGAGCGCUCAGAGUUCGUCAAGUUCCGCGAAAAGCUGGAGAGCCUUUGGGCAGCUCAGGGCAUGACUGUGGCUGCGCCUGUGGAGUACAUGGUCCCUUGCAUGCCCUACACCGUGCCAUUCAUGCCUCCCUAUCCUGUGGCAACUGAUGCAGUGGCAUCCCCACCUUAUGUACCAGGCUGCGGUCGCACACACAGUGCACAGAAAGGUGGUGCAUUCAUUGUACAUCUGGCACUUUGCGCACGUCUCUCUAGUAUUGAGGUGAAGCCUGAGCCUCAGUGUAAGAGGUCAGUCAAACUGAGCCUACAGUGGUCGGACAGACACCAGACAGAGGUCGUGCGUUCCUUUCAGGAGAUCUCUGGGCUUUCUCAGAAGCUCUCUCGUCUGAGUGCUUCUGAUCCAUCGUGUAGUGGAAAGGCAAUUCCCCAGCUACCAGCCUGCAUAGAAAAGAAUGAGGAGCUGGAUGGAAUGUUCGAACUCUCAGAAUAUUUCAACUGGGUUGCAAGCCUUCCACCAAGCUACCUGGAGAAUGAAUUGGUGGGCCCCUUUUUUGAGCCAACACCAUGUGGCAAACCUGGCUUUGCACCCUCGGCUGCCGUUGUGCCGGAGACGAGCUUGCCCUUGGCACCUGACGAUCCCCGUGUGGGGUUGCUGGCUUUCUAUGGGGGUGGUUCAGAUGCCCCGAUAGCCGCAGCACCGCCUCUUCUGGCCCCAACCGUUGGCUCCAUGAUGCCACCUAUGAUGGGUCCCAGUGUGAACUGUGCAGGUCAAGGCACUGAGCAUCCUGGGCCAUCGCCAUGCAAUUCUCCUCUAUCCUCGGCACCAGCAUCGCCCUACGAAUCACCACCCACGUCAGGCUGCAACUCGCGUGCCACAUCUCCAUGGACUGGUGCUGCUGUGACCAGGAUGCAUUGGGAUGGUACACCAUCAUCAGUUGAAGAGCUGCUACACCGAGCACAUCUCAAGAAAUAUUAUCAUAUAUUUAAGAACUGCACCCUGGAUGAUGUUUUAUCCAUGAAUGAAGAGGGUAUGAAGCAGAAGGGGCUUCCAGCCAGUUGUUCAAGGAGACUGCUCAAAGAAAUUGCCUUGUUGAAGAGCCACACCAAUGGAUUGCUGAGCAGCCGUGCUGUCAACGCCGGGACAGCAGCUGCCUUCAGCCAUGCUAGUGGGGAGAGUUCUACCACAUCCUGCUCUUCAGAGUGUUCCAGCCCUUCUCCUCCACCUGCACUCAAAGCCGUCCGCACACACAGCCCGGCCAGUUCAGGCUCAGAUGACAGCACGCAGCCAUCAACUGGUAGCACCUAUGGUCCAAGCUGUGCUAAGUGGCCUGGUGUCUGUGAAGCCACUGAGACUGCUGCCAGCGUGAUGCCACCCGAGGCUGCCCGCCUAGGAAGCCAGCCACCAUCAAUGAUGCCCAUUCGGUACGCACCUCCUGGCUCUGUCCUUGUGGAGCCUCAGCAGCGGUUUUUGUUGCUCACCGAUAGGCCAACCUAUGGCCCAUCUCGUGCACCGGUGCGUGCCUUGGCACCUGUCGUGAAGACUACCACAGAUGGGGUCCCCCAUAGCAACCCCGCAGUGACAACCACCGCAGCCUUUGGGCCCAUGUACAGUGUGGGAAUCAUGCCAGCAGGCAUGUUUCCGCAGCAUUCAUUUCCCCCGUUCCUGCAUGCGGGCCACCAGAGCAAUGGCUACCUGUCAUUCUUGUCAGGUGCGGGCUACGUGGCCCCACCCACAACAGCAGCAGCCUAUGUUCCCUUAGCCACAUUCAGCGGGCCCUCUAUGGUGGUGCCUCCUCCCCCCACCAAUGCCAAGGUGGCAAGCUGUUACAACUGUGGCCUGGUCGGUCAUCGGGGCCACGAGUGCAAGGAGGCCACAGUGGAAGAGGCCACGAAGUCCGCCCAGUUUCGGCUCCACUUUGCACCUGCUGGAGCAGCCCCUGAGGCACAGCCGUGAGGCCAGCUUUAAAUAUACCUGUGUACAUAUGCCCCAACUCCUUGCUCGGUGCAGGAGGGACUGCCACCCGGCAUGAGAACUGCUGCGCAAUGGCAACCAACCAGUCCUCCAGUCAUGGUCCAGUGCAUACUGUGGGCUUGUUCAUUGUGUGUGGAGCAUGCUCCUGCUUUGCGGCCUGUCCACGGGAUCCUAUUCUGUGCUUUCCCAAGUUGCUAACUCCGGUACUGGGAUACAUUUGCCAGCUGCAUUUGUCUCCACUGAAGCCUCUGGCAUGGCUGAAGCAGUGCCUGUUUUAUGCCCAGUGUUUUAUGCUAGCAGCCAUUUUUAGUUACUAUUUAUAAGCUUCCACCUCCGAGUGCCCAGCUUUAUGGGCUUUGCAGUGUCAGUGUUUUUGUCAGCUGUGUACACUGUUUUUAACAUCAAGUUUUGGUUAGCCCGUCACUUUUAUUGUCGCAAGUUUUGCCAUUCCAUUUCAUACAGCAAAUUGUGACCCAUUUUAGUUACACAAUAUCUUCCUUUGUUUCCUUUUGUUCUCUGGAUUGCCAGUGAAUGAUUGGGGUGACUGGGUGGUUUGUCAUGUUGAACAUGUGAUGAGAAUUACUUAAAGUUACCACUCAGCCAAAGACAUGUUGAAUCGUCACAUCAGACUGUGCACACUGGAGAAAUACCAUAUUGAUGCUACAGUGUUCAUAUUCUACACAUGCAUCUCUUCUCCCUCCUCAAGAUUUUUCCUUGCUAGCUGUUUUGGCUUGCAAGUGUCAUUCUGGACUUCUUUUGAGCUUGUUGGUGUUUGUCUAGUCAGGUGUUUCCUUUGACAACAUCAAAAGCAUUCCCAGUUUUUAUCGCUACUAUGUUGCAGCCUGAUCAAAUGUUUUUUCAAGGAAGAAGUGCUGCAAGACAAGAACUGAGACAAUUAUGACCACCUUACUUUUCUUCAAAUUUUUGUGCUACUGCUUUUGGGCACUUUAUUCCAAGAGAAACUCCCUUCAGCAAAGUGUGCAAAGUGAAAUAUAUGAGAAGCAGCAGGUUUACUUGCACUGCACUUCAGUAGGAUGCUGCCCAUCUGGACAAAUGCAAAGCCACAUCUCUUUUUGUGGACCCUAGUCCUUUUGUGUUUUGAAUGUGCUCAUGUGGCUGGUUUCUGCCAUAUUGCACUAUUCCAGUGUUUGUGACACCAGUGAUGCGUAUCUGCUUGUGUAGCCCACGUCGACUACCCACCAUGUGAACACCGUGGUGCUCUCUGGGCUUCGGCUGUCUUUUGUGGAAUGCUUUAAGCACUAGAUCUGUUGUAAAUCCUCAGCUAAGGGUUGCCACAGUAGAUGGUGAAUGCUGAAGGUACAGUCAUGUUGCCUUUAUAAAUGGUGUUAUUUUUGCACAUUUUGAAGUUGAUGGCACUGUACUGUGCCAAAUGCAUGCCAACAAAGUCCAACAUUAGGACACUUAUUUGGCUAUGCCUUGGUACUUUAUUUUCAAGCAUGAAGUUGAAAGUUACAGUACACCGCAGGCCUUGUGUUUAAGUCUAGUUUUCAUUUGAUGAUGUGUUUUCAAAAUGUACAACUCUCACUGAUGCAGUAGAACUAAACUUUGCAGUGAUUAGAUGUGCUACCUGAGCAUACAUAUCAUAAUUGCCUCUCCAAUUCAAGCUCUCCAUUGUUCCAGUUAAGUAGCCAUGUUUUAAGUUUUUUAACAAUGACACAGAGCAAAGCUGUGCCAUCUUCUGGCCUCUCAUGGAGAGAAGGUCAGAGCCAGUUAAUAGUGCUGCGGAGUAAUUUGCACAAGCAAUGUUGACAAAAAAAAAAAAUGCCUGCCUGAAAAACAAGCUGAAGAAUAUACCUGCCUGUUCGGAAUAUGCCUGAAUAUGCCUGCUCAUUGAGUUGACUGUGUGGGUGUGAUUUCCCAAUUUGUUGAGCAGAGUUUUUUUUUUUUUUUUUUUUUUUUUUUUUUUUUUUUUUUUUUUAAUCUUUCCCUACAUUUAGAAGCUCAGUGCUUGAAUUCGACGCAUUUCUCUUAAACCUUAUUAAGGUGGCAUGUUCUAUGCUAGUGGUCAUGAAGUUACCACUGUAGACUGUUGACAUCUCAUUUAGUGUGUGUGGAAGGCUUUCAUUUGCCUGAGAAUGGGUAGAUUGCUGUCAAGCAUCCAUCUACUCUACCCUGUGAUUAGAACUAUGGAAAUGCUUCAUGGUCACUCACCACUUUGUGAGCUCCCGGCACAAGUUAGAGCUCAUGUUCCAAAUUUUCUUUUGUGUCAUUAGAAUAUGUGGGCUUGCAUGGGGCAUUAUUUGUUCAAGUGAGUAUUUUUCUGAAAUUUUAUCCUUUGUAGUUUUUUACUGCUGCAGUAUUACGAGAUGAAUAGCUCCUUGGGUCUUUCCUUUUUCUCUUCCAGUAGUAAAUAUUGUGUUCUUUAGGAUAUCAUUAUGGCGCUAGAAACAACUCAAGGAAUUCAGUUAGAAAUCAGUCUAGCAAGCCUUUGUUACAAGUAAUUGGCAUUUAGUGUUCUUUCUGAGUAUGUUGUGUUCAUUUGCUGCGAAAAUUUAAGUAGUACAAUGAGUGCAGGAGAAUGUUUUCCGGAAAGGUCCUUGCUUGAUUUAUGUCGAACUUAGUCUGAACAAGGAGGACCCAUUGGCGUGUAAAAUAUUAACGAAAUAUGCUGCGAGCACAUUUGUGUUGGUUCCAUUUUGGUUCCUACUGUGUCGCUGCCUCACUUACGCCUUCCUGGAUUUAGCUUAAGCUGUGUGUAAAUGGUAACAUUAUAAAUGGUAACCUUGUGCUGGUUCGCAUAAUAGACUACAGGACACCCAGUAGAAGUUAUAGUAGUAGAAGGAAUUUUUGUUUCAUAGAAUGUUUUGUGGGAAUGCUUAAUUGAACAUCUUAAGAUUUCAGCAAGAGUUAAUUCGCUUCACUCAGCGAUAGGUGAAAGACAGGACGCCAAGUGCACUCAUUCUCGUUCAAUAAUGCAGCCGAAGAGGAGAGCAAGGCAUUCAAUACCAUGUCGUAAAAGCAUAAUGUUGGCGUGUGAUUGUAAGCAAACAAGGUAUAACUACAAAGCCAGUAUAUGAAGCAAACAAAAGUGUAUCCUUGAAUGAUCUAGUUUCCAGGAUGGCACUGUACUUUGUAAGUGGGUUCAAAUGCCCCACGUCUUAUAGGCUUAUGAUGUGUUGUUUUGUUUUACUAACUGCCUGCUUGUACAUGCACAAAAAAAAAAAAAAAAGGUGGAAGUGCAGUGGUGGCAUAUUUUCCAUUGAAAUAAAAUAUGUUGAUGUCA